CAAAAAUGUUGUGACUGAGGCGAAGAUGGUGACGGUGCGCUUUUUUUUUCUGCCUCAGUUCUGCGACCCCAGUUCAAAUGCAUAACUAGACAUUUUGGCAAAGAUUCCAAAGAGCUUAUCUCUCCCACUGCAUCGCUCAUCAUUCAGUGAGGGAAUCAAGAGGUAUUUCAGUAAGGAAGUUGAGAAAAAUAAUUAAAAGUCACACAAGAAAGUAAAAAGGAAUGUAGAAAAGUGAACUGAAGUUAAAGCAUUACCCAAGGAACUCGCCUUUGGUUUCGAGAUUGCUCGGCAGAGGGAGGCUUGUGCAUGGCCAAUCCUGCAGCUUGUGAGUAGCCCAGAGGAAUACUUCACGCGGAUCCCAUAAGAAACAAGCUCACUGGCCACCUUUUAACAUGACAACUGGGCAAUCUUUAAAGAAAGAGUGACGGCACAAGAAAAAUAAGAUGCAUUCAUUACGAAAUUAGAUGAAGGGCAAAACAAAGCACAUCCAGUAUUCCACCACAGCUUGCAUGAAUGUAAAGAUGGAAGACACAAGAAUAUCACACACAUCCUAUUCUUUUUUGAAGAUGUUGAGCAGCUCAGACUCCAUUUUCUUCUGCACUUAGAAUAAGUAGAGGGACACCGCGCACGUAAAUGGCUGCACUGAAUACUUAAUCCCAUAGAGUUUCUGGUCUAUUUCUCAGGGACUUUAUCAUAUGUGGGCCUGUGCCCCAAAUAUCAGGGGAAGAGCACUAUGGAAGAUCAGCAGCUGUUCAAGGGCAGCCUAUCCAUUGCCAAUAACGAAAACUUGUACUUUCAACAAUUACAAAAUGAAGCAAGCAGCCAAUCUCUCGACCACAGCUACGAUUCACUGGACACAAACGAGUCUUCUUCAUCAUCUCCUCAUUUAUCCCAGGAGUCCAGAGAUCUUGCUUUGCCGGCAGCAACUAAAAGUGUCAGACCUGUGGACGCAGGCGGCCCGGCUAAUUGGACAUAUGCUGGUUCUGGCAACCACGUCCAUUUAAAUAGCUACGACCAAAGCUUGUCAUGGAAUUCACAGACACAGAAUGAAGUCAUAGACUCUUUCCAGCUGCCGUGCUUUAAUCAACUUAGCGAAAAUAGAUGUAAAAUGACCAGCGGUGCUUUACACAAACUCGACUCGUUUACGAAGGUGUUUGCGCGGCAGAAUUUGAGAAAUCCUUCCGCAUCUCAGGGACUUCAUGAACAGACAUGUCUACUGGAUAGUGACAGUGCACUAAGGCAGCUGCUUUCUGUCAAAGCAGGGGCUGAGCAGCCGACCCUUACAGCCACCAUGGACAGGUACCCACAAAUGCAACCAAACCUCGCAAAUACACCCCAGAAGCAACAGAUGCAAGCGAUGCAGAACCCGCAGCAGCAUUUUUACUAUGAAUACCCACAGAACGUGAACCAGUUGCAGUCGCAGUCUUUAAUGCAACAAGGACAACAGUAUUUGCAGCAAAUGCAGUCUCAUCAGGUGUUACCACAGCAAGCGCAGCAAAUGCAACAAUCUCAUUAUUACAUGCAAGCUGCUCAGUCAGGGCAGCAACGUGCAGCAUCUCAGGAAAUACAGCAGCGUCAGUUCUCAGGUCAAGCGCCUCAGUAUUACCAUUCGCAGACUGCAAGGCCAGAACUGCAUCACUCGGCACAAUCACUGCACCAUCACAUGCAAAUGCAACCUUCUCCAUAUCACAGGGAUUGCAAUCAAAAGACUGAGUAUUUCCAACAGGAUCAGGCUCAACCCAUGCAGCUCAUUCAGCUGAGCUCGGUGCCACAAUAUGCGUAUCAGCACUCACAGCCAUUACGGCACAUGUACAAACAGAACCUGGCGCCACAGCAGCAGUCUCUGCACCAAGAGUCAAGCCAGCAGAAAUUAUACGAAAACCAACCUCAAGUUGUCAUGGAAACGGCGGUGGGAUUUACCACUGUAGACAAUGCAGAUAAUUAUAACAGUCACAAUGUGGAGGGUAUUGGAAACACCGUAUCUCAGCAUGCUGUCCUGGCACAGGACCCUUCAUUCAUGGUGAAUAGCAGAGGACCACAUCCGUCUUCUACUGCUGCCUGGCCUCAGAUUCUUUCUGAUGUCAGUCUUCCCACUGCUUCACCAGAUCACAGUCAACAUAGAGGAUUGUAUUCCGAGAGACCAGAUUCCAAAAACCGACUCACGUGCUCCAUGUGUUUUAAGGAAUUCAAAAGCCUUCCUGCACUGAAUGGCCACUUGAGGUCCCAUGGUGGGGUGAGACCCUCAAACCUAAAACAAGAGGAAGGAGAGAAGCAGCAGACGAGCGAGGUGGAUAGUGUUCCCCCAAUUGUAAUGCCUGUUUCUGUGCCUGUAACGCUUUCCCUGUCUGAGCCUAGUCCGCAUACCAGCUGCAGAGAGGAAAGAGACCAGCCCGAGAGCUGUGUGUCCGAUGAAGACAUGCCUGUCCUUACGAGGAUCUCCUCCUCCCCUCCGUCCUCACCCAAGGCGGUCAGCUCAUGUGCAUCUUCUGAAAUUAUUAGUAAGCUUCACCAAAGCAGCUUGAAAUCGGGCAACUCAGAAAGCCUCAAGCCUCAGCAGGAAAAGAGAAAGUACCGACAUCGACCAGAACCACUGUUCAUCCCUCCUCCUUCCUUCACGGCCAAUUCGUUUUAUUCUGGUGCCACUCUGUACCAAAGCCAACUGCGCUCUCCCCGUGUCCUGGGGGAGAAUUUACUAACCGGGACUCAGGAGUUACCUACAUACACACCACCUCCGAUGCUGAGCCCUGUGCGACAAGGAUCAGGCCUGUUCAGCAGUGUUAUCACAGCUAUACACAACGCACACCUUCCACUGACUCCACUCACACCUUCACCAAGAGUGCUGCUUGGGCGGCCAAACAGCAUUGAUACCGGCAGUACAACAGUAACUCCAGGACCCGGAGAACAGACCAUCGACGUUGAACCACGGAUUAAUAUAGGAUCAAGAUUCCAGGCAGAUAUUCCAGAACUUCAGGGUCCAUCAUCCCUUGAGAAGGAAAUGGACAAUGCAACCUUGGUUUGGAAACCGUUGCCAGAUCUAGAAAGCAGAGAGCCUCAACAAAAAGUGGAUGUUUUUCUGAGCAUGUCUUGCUCCAGUGUUCUGCCUGGAGGAGGAACCAAUCUGGAAUAUGCAUUACACGUUCUCUACGAGUGUAAGGGGAACAUCACGAGAGCGCUGGAGACGCUGCUAUUGGAAACCCCCCACAGGCUGCAUAACCAUCCCUUAGCAAAUUACCACUAUGCAGGGUCAGACAAAUGGAGUGCCGCUGAAAAGAAGAAUUUUAACAAGGCAUUACACACCUGCAACAAAGACUUUUUUUAUGUACAGAAGAUGAUUAAGUCAAAGACGGUGUCACAGUGUGUUGAAUAUUACUACACCUGGAAAAAGAUCUUACACCUGGGGAGUAGGCACAGAACUCGGCUCGCUGAGGUUAAUGAAGAUGGAGUGACAAGUGUUGAUGAUGACGGAGACGAGGACGAAGAGCUGGAAGACAAAAGAUAUGAAAACUGGUGUGAUCUGACGCAGAAAUCACCAGACCUGCGACACGCCACAGACUUUUCUCGGCCCGCUGGUGCAUACGGUGUUUCAUCUAUUGGCUCAUUUGUCUGUGAGAUGGGAAACUGUGGAGCUAUAUUUUGUUCCAGACAAGCUCUGAACGGGCACGCUCGUAUUCACGGAGGAGCCAGUGUACCAAGUAAGGUGUUUCCAGCUCCAGGUAGCUCCAGAACAAAGUCCAACACUCAAAGUGGAUAUUGCUCCGUUAAAAGCUCUCCGGCUCACAGCAACACCAGCGGAGAGACGGAUACGUCCACAAUUUUUCCAUGCAAAGUUUGUGGCAAGGUAUUUUUCAAGAUCAAAAGCCGAAACGCACAUAUGAAAACUCACCGGCAGCAAGAAGAGCAACAGAGACAAAAAGCACAGAAAGCUGCGGUAGCAGCAGAGAUGGCCGACACCAUCGCCAGGACCAUAGUCAGGACUACAGUGCCUGCAGAGCACAUUGUGCCUUUCGAUCACCUGAGCCUUGUAAAAAGCAUGGAGCAAGACUUUGAUAAUGAUGUUGCCCAGGAUUUGGAGGAUGUCCUAGAAGAGACAGACAUUAUUCAUGCUGAUCUCCUCCUGGAUGACGAAGAUACUGAUUUGCUUCAAGAUGCGGCUGUUCUUUAGGGAAACUGUUAGGGUCCACUGUGCUUUAUAAAAAUACAAGUUUUAUUUAUGGAAUGCCUGUUAUCUCCAUAUAAAACAUGUUAUUUUAGGUGUCAACCUACAAAGGCUUAGUCAAGCAAUAUGAGGUGUUUGGGUUCCGUUUAAUUGCUAGUAACUUCUUUUGAGGAACCUUAUUGAAGCCUUAUUAGUGUCAGGUACCUUGAAACACUGGAAAAUGUUAUGCAGAAAAUAUCCUCUCAGGGCUGAGUGCAUUUGUAACUUGUUUUAUGUAGCUUUUAACUUUUGCAGACUAGUGCCAAUUACAUCCCAAGAUCCAGGCUCUUCUCAAUCUUCUGAAGGAUCAGUUUGAGUAAUGUAAUGAGGUGCCUUGAAGCAUUGGAAGACUGAAUCUGGCUGGAUAUUCCUACUUUAUACUAUGUUUAUGUCCAAUACAGGCCCAGAUUCCAGAUCUUUCAGCAGUCUAUUUAAGGACCUGAUCAAGCAACAGUCCAAAAGAAAGGUACUUUGAAAUAGUGGAAAAUGUUUUGUGGAUAAACUCAAAGUUGACUAGUUUCAGGAGCUUAGAUCUGGCCAAAAUUGACAGAGUAGUAACUAUAAUAAUACUUAAUAAAUCUCACCAUUUUAUUAUUGUACAUAUUUAACACUGUUUAAGCGAAUAUACAUAAAUAUACAGAUAGAGUCAACAGAUGGACUCUUCAGUCAUUUUGUGUUUUUCUGUUUAUACGCCUAUGGAGAAAACAACCUGUGUGCCAUUGGCCUAAGAUUGUGUAGUUCUUUGUGUGAUUUGGUUUAGAUGUCAAUGGAGUAAACAACUUGUGUGCCAUAAGCCUAAAAUUGUGUGGUUAUUUGUAUUGUUCUUUUUAUUAGGGAUGCACCAAAUCCAGAAUUCGGUUUGGGAUUCGGCCUUUUUCAGCAGGAUUCGGAUUCGG